ACAUCGCAUGACGUAGGGGCGCACCUGCGAGCCCUCGUGAUCGUGUCGUCACGUAGCAGCAAAACAGGAAGUGACACUGAGAAAGGAAUAUACGGGAUCAGUCCGGCUGGGAAAGUUCUAUCUAAGUUAUCGACAUGGAUUUCUUGUUCGGACGUCGGAAAACUCCGGAGGAGAUGUUACGCCAAAAUCAGCGCGCUCUAACCCGGGCCAUGAGAGAGUUAGACAGGGAGCGGCAGAAGCUGGAGCAGCAAGAGAAGAAGAUUAUAAUGGACAUCAAGAAGAUGGCUAAACAGGGACAGAUGGACGCCGUGAAGAUUAUGGCCAAAGACUUGGUGCGGACUCGACGCUACGUGAAGAAGUUUAUCAUGAUGCGAGCGAAUAUCCAGGCCGUUUCUCUCAAAAUCCAAACUCUGAAGUCUAACAACUCGAUGGCUCAGGCGAUGAAAGGAGUAACCAAAGCCAUGGCCACGAUGAACAGACAGCUCAAGCUUCCCCAGAUCCAAAAAAUAAUGAUGGAGUUUGAGAAGCAAACCGAAAUUAUGGAUAUGAAGGAGGAGAUGAUGAAUGACGCCAUUGAUGAUGCCAUGGGCGAUGAAGGCGAUGAAGAAGAGAGUGAUGCAGUCGUUUCCCAGGUCCUGGAUGAGUUGGGUCUAACGCUGACAGAUGAACUAUCCAACCUCCCUUCAACCGGAGGGUCUCUCAGCGUGGCUGGGGGCAAGAAAGCCGAGCCUUCUGCUGCCUUGGCUGACGCCGAUGCGGAUUUGGAAGAAAGGCUGAACAACCUACGCCGGGACUGAGCGUGUCUCAAACGGACUUCAGCUUUUAUCUUUACUUCUUCUAUGUGUUGGGAAUUGGGAUGAUGAUUGGCUGUGAGCUCUGUGACCUUUCCGGCUGAGAGGAACACAACACGAAGGCCGACAUUAAAGCGGCUGACUAUAUUCUUCCUUUGGCUGUCCCUCGUUCCAGGCAAGGUCCUCUUCCGUUGCCUUUCCGGUCGGCGGUAGCCUGUUGGUCGCUGGCUUUUAUUCUUGAUUCCCUUGCGUCUGAAAAAUACUCGUUCUGUUUUAAUUAUACCAAACAAAGAGAUAUUAUUUAGACAUGAAUGUUGGUUGAUUCCUUGAAGGAUAUCUCUUGUUCUUCUAGGAGGCAACUCGUAUGAUGACUGUAUAUAAAACCUUGUAGAAAAAGCAGAAUGGUUCCUAUCUUUCAGUUUCUCCCUAAGACAGUGCAAUUUGAUGUUAAUCGAGGUAUUUAUGCUUGCGCAGUGUAGGCUUUUGGUAUCAGAAAGGCCAAAUUAUUUGUACACUAAAUACAUUGAUAAAAAAUCUUAUGGCUCUUAGAGUAAUUUAUCUUCAAAACCCACGAUGUGUCUGUUCUCCCUUUCAUAUAUCGAACGUGUUUUUUCAAUAAAUUAAAAAUAAAUAAAACCAAACAUAAAACU